AUGCCACGUCCCAGUCUGCCCAGCCCUCGCCGCGCCGCAGCCUGUCCCGGAGCCAGUCGUCUGCAUCGCCCGCAACGGCCGCCAACGGGCUGCCACACGCAGGUCCCAUCUUCCCACGCCCCGGUAGCCGCAAAACGCAGCUCGUCCACCUCCUCGCCGUCCCGCUCCCAUCUGUCUCACUCUUCCUCCCACACCACCUCCCAUCCGCCGCCGCCGUCUUCUGCGCGCGGCCGGCCUCGCACGUCUCUGCGACACGCCUCGCCGUCGUCGUCGUCGCCGGCCCCCGUGGAGACCGCUGCCACCCCAUCCCGCGCUCUGUCACUACACACCCCGUCCUCGUCGGCCAUCGACCCGUCACAGCCCUUGACGGCGUCGCCGCCCGCCUCGCCCACCGCCAUGGCUGCAGCGGCAUCCAGCCGACAGGCAGCGGCGCCCGUGACGCGGCGGCGGUCGUCGCGUGCCAACGACACCGACCGGCCCAUGACGCCGGCCCAGUCGUAUGCGGCCGCCUAUGCAGCGGCCGCUGCCGCCGAGGAACUGGCCAAGGGCAAGGGCGGCCAUUCGCUGCGGAAGCGCAGCCGGGUCGACUACAGCCACAUUGAGAAUGGCGAGACCACGGCUGGCCCUGGCACGGCCACUGGCGCUGGCAAUAACACGACUGGCCACGCCAACGACGACACCGCCAGGGACACGGAGCAAGACGCCGAGCCGAAUGCCGGCGAACAGACGCCGUCGGCACCGGCCACGCGCGGCCGCAAGCGCAAGACGGUCCACAUCGGCUUCCGCAACAGUGGCGCCACAGCCGAGGACGAGGCUGCGUCGUCGCCGUCGCCGGCCGUGGCCACCAAGAAGAUUCGUCUUGUGCAUCACCAGCCAGCCGCAGCAGACGGCGCGUCCACCACGGCGCCUGGCAGUGCUGCCAAUGGACACGCCGCCCCGUCCGCAACUGCUGCUGCCACAGAAUCCGUGUCCACGCCGGCGCCUGCGCCUCGUGGCCGCGGACGUCCGCCUCUCCGCCGACCGACGGCCCCUGCCGGGUCCACUCCCGUGCAGGCGUCGUCGGCAUCGGGGCCUUUGUCGACGGCGGCCGGUGGUGGUGGUGGUGCGGGCCCGACACCCAGCACGGGCAGCAGCACGGUGCCGGCGUCGCCCAUGGUCCUCGAGAGCCCGUCGGGCGGCGCCAUUGUUGUCCACGACACUAUCCGCGUCGGCGGCAGCCCGCCCAGCAGCGACACCGAGGCCGACAACUCCAACUCGCACUCCAACGCGUCGUCGGCCGGGGCCACGCCGCUGCAGCGCAGUGCCUCGAGCAACUCGAGCACGCUGUCGACCUCUGUCCCGCAGACCAGCAUUGCCAAGGCCAUCCACCAGGCGGCGGCGGCAGCUGCCCCUUCUGCGUCCAACACAACGACCGCCGUUUCUAGCAAAGCAGCCAAGGCGAAUGGACCCACGUCUGCGCCCAACACGGGCGCUGCCAACGGCCACACCCCCGGCAAGGUGGGCCGUCCGCGCCGGCAGUCUGCUGCUGCUGCUUCCGCUGCGGCUGCUGCGGCUGCGGCUGCGGCUGCGGCUGCCGCGACGCCGACCAAGGCCAAGGUCCUGUCCACAGACACGUCGCCGGCCUCCAGGCUGUCGUCCAAGAACGCGUCCCCCCAGAAGCGAGGCCUCUCUCGCCCCCGACACUCCCACCACCAGAACCGCCUGAUGGUGCGCAUCCCCCGCGGCCGCAACCGCUCACCGCCCAGCGUCUUUGUCCUCCAGUCCGAGGCCGACGAAGAGCGCUUCGCCGCCUUUAUGGAGGCCCGGGCCACCGACGCCAAGGCCGGCGCCUCUGUCUUGCCCAGCUACGACUCGUUUGACUCGGCCGCCACGCUCAAAGCAGAGGCGCCCGAGACAAUGGACGAGGAAGCAGACGCUGCACCUGCAGCAACCACGACGCAGCUCAAAGCCGAGCCGGACGAGACACCGGCUGCCGUCGACGCGUAUGACGGCGCGACCGACGUCGACGUCGACACAGCCAAGCAGACUGACGAAGCAGCGGCGGGUGGUGAAAACACGGCGAGUGCCAAGGACACCGUCCCCACCGACGCCGACGUGGAUAUGGAGGACCGUGAGGGCGCUCACGACGACAUUCACGAGGACAUUCACGAGGACAGUCAUGACAGCCAUGCUCUCGACAUGUCCGCUGCCGACGCCGCCGCCACAACCCCUGCCACAACCCCCGCCAAUAAGGCACACUCCACCGUCUCCGACGACCCCAUGGACGACGCCCCCUCGCCCGGCGCCUUCCGCUCCAUGACCCGCCGCACCAGCACCCGCAUUGCGUCCGCCGCCGCCCAGAAGGAGCAGGCCAUGCUCGAGGCCCACGAAGCCACGCUCAAGGAGCAAAAGGCCGCCAAGGCCGCCGCCGCUGCUGCCAAGGCAAGCAAGCGAGCCGCCACCAGCGCCUCCCCGUCCGCGACCAAGACCGCGCCCAACCUCUUUGCCACCGGCCGCACGGCGCGCCGCCCCUCGGGCCCGCGUCCGUGGGAGAGCCUGACGCCCUGGGAGAACGAGUAUGUCUUCUAUCCGGAGCAGUUUUACGACAGCGUCACCACGGCCACCACCACCACGGCCUUGUCCGCGUCGGCUGCGGCGCCCUCGCCCACGCCCAACCGCGAAGCCACGGCCGAGCAGACGGACCAGCCGGACACCGACCAGCAGACCGACGCUGCCGCCGCUGAGCAGACACAGCCACAGAGCGCCUCCUCCCACAAGGACGGCAGCGACACACCCACGCCUGCGGAUCUUGAGGCCGUCCUUCAAGAAAAGAUUGCCGCCGACACGCGUCUGGAGGAGGCUGCCGCCGCCGCCGCCGCUGCUGCUGCUGGUGCUGCUGGUGCGUCCUUCGCCUCGACCGUUGCCACGCCCGACAUUGUCAUCGACAGCGCCGCCGACAGCGCCUCGGCCACGCCGGCUCCGCCGACGCCCAUCGACCUGCCCUCGGCUGGUACGCCCCUUCUUGCUGCCGCGGCGGCACCAGUCACCGCCGGAGCGACGCCCAAUGCGGCGUCCGCGUCCGAGGAUCUCGACACCGAGACGCCGGCCGCCGCAGCCACAGCAAACGGCAUCGCCCCCACCAACGCCAAUGCUCCUGCGUCGACGACACCCGCGGCCGGCCGCAAGCCCAUGUGGAAGAAGCAGUACCGCUUCCACAAGAUCCGCGAUCCCAAGGAGUUCAUCGACGCGCUCAAGGACCACAAAGACAUGAGCACCAGCGACCUGUUUGACUGCCUCGCCCACAUGAACGAGACCCUGGUCGCCUGGCAGGACGAGUACCGUCUGCUGCGCGGCAUCACCGACGACGAAGAAAACGCCGUCCGCCGCCGCCAGCAGGACGCCACGUUUGAAAACCGCACGCUCAUGGCCCUCAAGCGCGGCAACGUCGACACCGAGAUCACCGAGCGCGACUUUGUCGUCAAGGGCAUCCGCGCCCCCGAGUCGCUCGCCGACCCCAUCAAGCGCCACGCCCGCCAGCAGGACAAGCUCAUGUCCCACAUCUACCUGUUCGAGCACGACCCGCGCGAUUCCAUGAUCAGCCGCCAGGACCCCGUGGCCCAGCGCGAGGGCCUGCAAAACACCCGCCUGCGCAACCGCCCCAAGCAGACGCUCAAGGCCGCCGAGGCCGACGCCGACGACGGCAUGGGUGUCGGCCGCCGCUCGCGCCGCCGCAAGAACGCCGUCGACGACGAGAGCGCCGAAGGCAGCCGUGCCGGCACGCCGGCCCCCACCUCUGCGCCCGCGGCUGCGUCGUCGGCGGCUGCCUCCACCUCUGCAUCGACGCCCGCCGUCCCGCCCACCCGUGGCCGUCGUGGCCGCCCGCCGGGCCCGGCCGCUCUUGCUGCUGCUGCUGCUGCCGCUGCCGCCGCUGCCGCCGCUGCCGCCGAGGGCAAGACCGACGACGACGACGGCCCGACGGACGCUGCGCCGGCUGCGGCGGCCCAGACGCCCACCAAGCGUGGCCGCCGGGGCCGCGUGCCGCGCAGCCAGCUGUCGGAAUCGGUCGCGGCGGACGAUCUCGUCGACAAGGACGAGUCCGCCGCGACGUCCUCGUCCUACCACCACCACCACAACCACCGCCGUGCUGGCCACAUGCCGCCGCCCCCGGAAAAGCCCGCCACGGCCGUGUCGCCGCUUGCCAGCGGACCGGGCCGCAAGCGCCGUCGCGGUCGCAAGCCGAACAGUCUGCUGCGCCAGGAGGCACUCGAAGCAGAGGCGGCGGCGGCGGCAGCGGCUGCAGAGGCCGACGCUGCGGCCGAAACGGAGGCCGAUGGUGACGCUACCGAAAACGGCCGCGAUGCCACCUACGACGACGGCGACGAGACGGCGCCCGAGUCGCCGCGCGCGGGACGUGGUGGCGCCAAGCGGCAGCGCAUCUCCACGGCCCAUGCCAGGGAGGCCAGAUCGGCCAGAUCGGCCAAGGAGGCCAAGGAGGUCAAAGAGACCAAGGUGGACGGCCGCCGUCGCCGGACCGGCGAGAUUGGUCCCCGCAGCUUCUACUCCAGCGGCCGCGGUCGUGACCGCGAUCGUGACCGCAACGACGACGACGACGACGAGCAUGCCCGCCCUGCCUCGUCGGCCUCGUCGAACGGUUCUGCCAACAACGCCGACGACUCCAGCUAUGCUCUGCGGCCCAAGCGUCGCCGCAAGUUCCGCGCUGUCCACAACGGCGUCGGCGACGACCGCGACAAUGAGGACAAGGACAUUGACAACGACAACAACAACGAGCCGGGCCACCGCUCGCAGCAACCCCAGCACGACGACGACGAUGCCGCGGCUGCCAACGCCCACGGCCCGCCGGCCAAGAAGCAGAAGCGCCGUCGGCGGACGACGGCAUCUGUGCAGGAGGAGGCCGACACCAGCAUGCCGUCCACCAUGGACGAUCCCAAGGACAACAACGGCAACAAUAACAACAGCAACAGCAACAACAGCAACAAUCAUGCGACGCCCGUACCCGACAGCCAGCAAUACCCGCCGAUGCACAGCGCCAUGCCGUACGAUCCCUACCAGCCCCAACAGCCGCACGCGCACCACGCGCAGCACCCUGGCCCGUAUUAUGGCCACAGCCCCAUGGACCCGCAUCCGUCGGCGUCGUCGGCCUACUAUGGUCACCACGCACCGCCGCCGCCGCCGCCUCAUCAUCAUCAGCAGCAGCAGCAGCAGAAGCAGCAGCGAGGCUACAUGCACCCCUAUGGUCCACCCAUGCCCUACCAGCAACAGGACAUGUACUACAGCCACGGCCACAGCCACGGCCAGCCGCCCCCGCCGCCACCGCCGCGGCAGGCAUACCACCACCCGCAAGGACCGCCGCCGCCGCAGCGUGUCAACAGCCUGGCGCCCGCGCCCAGCCAGCAGCAGCAGCCAUCCUCGGCUGCGGCGACAGCACCACCCUCCUCGGGUCGCCAGCGGACGACCUUCAAGAUCAAAAACUACACGCCCGCGCCCGUCGCGCCCUCGGCGGGCGUCCACGCCUUUACACAGAUGAUGCCCAAUGCAAAGAACGGCGGUGCAAACACGCCGGGUGGCGCUGGUAGUGGUGGUGGUGGUGGCAGCGGGCACCGCCACAGCCUCGGCGGCGCGUCGUCCUCCGCAUCGUCGUCCACCAUGCUCAUGAACCCCGGCAACCACACCCAGUUUGUGCCCCACACGCCCGGUGGCGGUCCCAGCGGUCCCGGUGGCGGUGGUGGUGGUGGUGGUCCUGGUGCCGCCGACCACGGCUACGUCAGUCCUGGUCUCGGUGGCACCCCGUCUGGUCCGGGCGGUCCUGGCAGCACGCCCGGUGCCGACUCCGGCACGCCCAGCGACGACAAGGAGUACCGCCAGAUGACCAAGAGCGAGAAGAUGAGCCACUCGAUGAAGACUCGCUGGGCCAAUGGCUCCAUGCAGGCCGCCGUCGCCAAGCGCAAGGCCACCCUCGCCGCCAAAAAGGCCGCCGCCCAGCAGGCCCAGCAGGUCGCCGCCGUCGCCGCCCACCCCGCCGGCAGCGGCUCCGACGGCUCGCCCGGCCCGCAAGCCCAAGGCCCUGCCGCGUCCAGCGGGUCCGUUGGUGGUCCCCCCGGCCCGCCAGGUCCGCCCCCCGGCCAUAUGGGCGGCCCGCCCCACCACAUGGACUACACGGUCGGCCCCUACCACCACCACCACAUGGACAUGGGCAACCCGGGUCCCUACGCCAGCCACCCUCCGCAGCAUCGCCCUAGCCACCACGGCGGCCACCCGGGCAACGGCCACCCGGGCAACAACAGCGGCAUGUAUGCGGGCAGCCGGCAAGAGGCGUAG